GGCAAGGACUUAUUCCGCCUUUUUCUGUUUUUAAAAAAAAAUAGACUUAAAUACUGCUUUAAAUUCUUUUUAUUUGACUUUGUUUUCCAUAUUAACAUUGACAAUGACCCUAGGACGAGAGCUUACGGUGCUCAAUCGUCUCAUAUAUGGUUCUCCUAGGAUAUCUGACGAGCUAGAAAUGAAAGGCAACGAGAGAGAAGUCCCAUCCCCAUAUACCAACACUCUAAUCAAGGACAGAGACCUUUCGGUCGAAGAACAAACGAUUGGAGCGGAUAAAGCCAUCUCAAGGCCAUCCAGAAGAAGAAGACGAACUAGAGACGUUUUACUUCUCGUGUCCAAGCUAUUGGUGUUAAUUUACUUACUAUACGGGAUGUCCCUAGAAAUUUUAAAAUUACUUGAAAUGGCCAGUUAUCAAAAUAUUCGGUAUUUGACAUACAAAAACGAACGCAUAUUUACUCGUCUCCUUGAAUAUCAACUCGUGUUUUUCCUUUGAUUAUUAUGACAGUAUUAAUUAUAAGUAGCUUUAGAUUAAUAAUGGGAUUGGACCCAAAUUGAAACUUCUAUGAAUAGUAUAAUGUAUUUUUAGCACCUUUGACAGGCCAACGUUUCACAUACGGUAACGAGAACGCCAAACGCCAAAAGGAAGCCAUUUCCUUAUUCGUAAAGUAAGCCUCUCUUGAUGUUUCAGUUCAUAGCUCCCGUUUUGGCUUUAACCAUUCGGACCGUUUCUAAAAUUUUGCAGCUUUGCACGUGAAUAUGUCC